UCGUUAAUGCCGAUAUGCGUAUCAGGAAACGCGCCUGAAUACUCACGCCCAUCCGAGAUUUCUUCCAGAGUUGUUUCCCAGGGGCGGCAAAAUGAGUGAAUGGGAUAUAACGAACACCAGUAUUCCUGCAUCAUCGCGAACUGUCCCUCUGUUCCGACAUUCCUCAGGAAGUUUUUUGGAAUUCGACAACCUACAACAGCAGCUGAACUCUAUCGAAGGAGAGGAUGAAGACGAUCCUUACUGGAAUAGCUCAUACCAAAAGGGAUUCAAUUUCGAGGAGGACGGGCCGACAAUGAUAGCACAAACGCCAGUCGUGUCAGAGCGGCCAAAAAAAAUUGAAUUUCUUCCAAAACUGCAAACGAUACCGGAGCCUGAACUGGCGUCUCCACUCAGUAUUCGAUCGCCCAAAGAAACCGUCGAAGAUAUCUUUCUCGGUAACACGUAUAGCCUCGAGCAAUUCCGCUCUCGAGAGGCCAAGCUGCAGCUUCUCGAAGCCGCUCUGGAACUGGGAGAUACACCUACAAUGCAGGUGGUCGUUCUCUUUCUUCGGAAUUCACUAAAGCCCAGCCUAUUCCAACAGGAGCUUAUUUCCCGGCCAGCAGCUUUGCAGGCAUACCUGAACUAUUUGCGUGAAUGUGGCGAGAACACAGAGCUAAUUGAACAGCUGUCACUGUCUGGCCAUACGGAUGAAGCUGCGCAAUGCCGAUAUAACGUGAUUGCAAAUAUCGAAGAUCUAAAGGCCAAGAUACGGGCGCUGGCAACCUCGGCCAACACACACUUCUUAGGGAGUACCGAUCAUGGCGUCAUCAAAAACCAGCUCGAACUUCUUCAGCUCCAAGCCAAAAUCCAGGAAAUUGACGAAGUAACGCUUGAAAUUAACGAGAAAAUUCUAGGCGCGUCACUCGUCGACACAAUUCGCUACUGUGCGAAAAAUCACGCCAAAGAUCCAGAAACCCAUUUUGCCUCACCUGCCUUCCUCAAACAGGCGUUCAAAAUAUCGGCAGAUCAGUUUACUCACGCAUGCGUAACGGGCUACGCUGAAGCAAUGAAUUAUCAGGCAAUUGAAACCUUUCUGGAAUCGAAGAAUUGGCUAGGAAAGAAGAAGCUUAGUUCGUCAAUUGGCUUCGACAAGAUCGUUUUUAUUUUGCAUCAAUACAAGGCUCCGGUUGAACAUAUUGAAAAAUACAUCGCCUAUAUUGAUGACGUCGAGAAUCGAAUAAACGUGGCUAAACGGGUUGGUGCUAUGAAUGCGUUGGUUAAUUGCUACGUGCAAACAAAGAAUCGGCUGGAUCUCGAGAAGUUGAUCGCGAAACUGCCCCGCGAAUCGGCCGCAGCUCAGUUGGUGCAGUCAUCUUUAAGCGACCCGACCAUCAAGUGGAAUAACUGACGAAAGCAGUCGAUAACUAACAUAUCCUGAUUGUAGAUAUUUACUUGAGUUGUUGUUGGCUUUAUUCUUACCUAUGCGCCGUAAAAGCGUUAGUAUCGAAGCAUUUUACAAUUGAAUUAUGUACAAUUACAUAGGAAUACUGUAUAUGUUGAGUAAUUUUCUCAAAUUGUUGUGUUGUGCGAACACGUGUGCAGAAUGCAAAAGGCAUAUAUAUAUAUAUACAAAAAAUGAUAGUACAAUGUUACUAUGUUUAUACACAUUUAUAGGCAUUCAGUGGAAGUGGCCAUUCACAGUCAUUUUGAGAAAAUUCGUGUUUGAAUUUUGAAGUUUAAUCGCAAUAGCGUUAGGAGUCUACCUGGUGGCAUGUUGCUGUACACUCCUAUAAAAUGUGACCGGUAAAUAAAGGUUAGCUGGUGCAUAGUCUAUAGGAAGGAAGUGAGAGUAAAUAAAAAAAAAAAACUGAUUUUGCGGUUAGUUAAGCCAAUGUAAUAGUUGACUUUAUAGUAUAAAUGUCAAUCGUUUGCUAUUUCAAAAGUUGGCGCUAGAUAGCUUCGCAUAAAAACUUUGAUGCAAUAUUAUGAAUCAUUAGAAGGCUAACUUGACGGACGAAGUCAACCCGUCUAAAACGACUUCUUACAUCUCAACAUUUUAAGAUUGCAUAAACUAUUUGUGGUUAUCUUAUUUUAACCAAAAACAUGGUCAUUUACGAAAUUUCUAUGUUAGGAUGGUGAAAAGAAUUGCAGCAAUGUGUUUAAACAUCUUUGAAAGCGAUUAUCAUGAUUAUUUUAAAACCUUAGUCAUGUAUAUAUGUUUUCUUCAAAAUUUUGUUACUACGUUUGUUUGAUGCGUUUCAUCUUUCGGUCUCCCAAUCUGAAAAAUAGGUUUCAUUAGCCGUCAUUUUUUUUACAAAAAUGUUUUUGGAAUAUAUUUGCCUCUAAUGAUCCGGCCGCAGUGAAAUUAGCCCUUAUGUGGCAAUUCGCUAAGUUGUUAAAACGGAUAACUUAUAUCCCCCAUAGUUUGUCGAUUAUCAGCA